AUGACGGCCUUCCAAAUCGAGACCAAGCAUAUGUUAGGACCAGAAGCUCAUCCAGUACAUACAAAACCAUGGCCAUGGUUGCUGGAUAGCCCUCCCCAAACUAGCUGGUUCUCUCUCUCUCUCUCUCUCUAUCUAUCGACUUUCUGUGACACAUGUAAUGAUGAUAAAGUUUGCUUGAAUGCAGGACUCAAUAGAUGUGGUAAGAGCUGCAGGCUAAGGUGGACAAACUAUUUAAGGCCAGAUAUUAAGAGAGAGAAGUUUUCCCGAGAAGAAGAGGGCACCAUCGUUCACCUCCAUUCCAUCCUAGGCAACAAGUGGUCAUCUAUUGCCGCCCACCUUCCCGGCCGCACCGAUAAUGACAUCAAGAACUUCUGGAACUCCUGCUUGAAGAAGAAGCUCAUCCGCAUGGGCGUCGAUCCCAGGACACACCGACCAAGGGCAGAAGAACUUAUCGCCGGCCUGCAGCAACAUUUAUCCCACAGAGUUCACGAAGAGUUCCUAGAAAGGGUACCGCGGGAAGAGCAUGCAGCUCAGCUGCAGGCGGCGGCUCGUGCACUGGCUACGCUGCAGUUCCUCGAUAGCCUUCUCCAGCCUUCAGCAACGGUAGGUAUCAGCAGUGGCAACGUGAACAGCCUUGACAGCAUCAUUUCUACGAUGGAACCCAUGAAACUGUUGGAGACAGCAAUUCCAUCUCUCUCUUCUUUUCCUUCUCCUGGCCCGUCACCAGCGUCUAAUUCACAAGCUCGCCACCACUGCUUUACCGGGAUGUCAUACAGUAUUGAGCAGCCAUUGGGCAGUGCCAUCAACGAGGAAUCCUCUUUUGUUGUGCUCAGCGAGGAAGAGAAGAACGGCAUGAGAGCCCAUGAGGUUUCUUCUCCCUUUCUUCUUCCUCCGCUUUGCGAUUUCUCAUGGGGAAAUGGGGCUGGCUGUAGCACUUCCAACUACGGUGGGAGUCCAUCUCCUUCUUCCUUGUGGCCUGAGAUUCUUGAAUGAUGCUCUUCUAUAUGAAUGAGUUUUUUUUUUUCCCUUGUAUAUAGGAAGUUAUGCAGCUCUUAUUUACCGUGUGGCACACAGCUUUCGAAAGCAUAUGUAGACGUUGGUGUGGACUUCUGUAAUACUAAUACUAGUGUCAAUUAUUACUGCCAUACUUUGAGACUGGUGAAGGAGACCGAAGGUUUCGCCUUCUGCUACUUCCUGCUAAAAUGGGUCAUUAUUUUGGUGGUGAUCCUUUUGUGUUGUCAUAUUCAAAUACUAUGUAAUGAGCAGCCUCCCUGCUUGCAGUAUAUUGGUCUUUUCCAGACAAUGAUGUUGGAAGCCCUCUGCACUGCCCUGCCCUGCCCUGCCCUGCCCUGCCAAUUCAAGUACUAGAUCCUAGAGCCCUCUGUACCUGUUCUUUGAUCUUUCUAAAAUACGUUAAUAACCUAUUCGAACUAUUUGAUGAUCUUCUUGAAAUAUUACUAUAGAUAUUUUAUAUGAGAGUUGAUCUAUAACUAAUUUAAAUCAUCCCUUAAUCUUCUUUAAAUAUAUUGGUAAUCGAUUCGAACUUUGCUUUGAUCUUCCUAAAAUAUUUCUACAGACAUUCCAUACGGAGUUGAUUUAUGAUUGAUCUGAAUAGUCUCUUAAUCUUCUUAACAUAUUCCUGUAAAUAUUUUAUAGGAAAACUGAUUGAUUUGAACUACCUUUUGGUUAUUUUACCUGAGUUUUGACAAAGAACAUCUAGCAUAACGAAGGAUAACUGGCUAAUCUUAUAUUUGACGAUUUAUCACCCUAAUUUUUUUAGCAUUUACAACUAAAAAAUAUGAAAAAAGAAAUUAAAUUGAAGCAACGAAAGACCUUUUUUUUAAUUCAGUCUUGUUAUUCUAAUUGAACAAGAAGUAAUUUCUAAAUCAAGUUCCGAUUUCCCAUAAAUUCUAAAAAUAUCAGCAAUUUUAUAUUGAAUAUAAACAUAUCAAGAAUAAAGCAUUUCUAGAGUGGAUCGAAAGACUAUAACCUUGAAAUAAAAACAACCAAAAGGCAGUAUAAGAUCGAUUACCUUAAUCUACAACAGCAAACUAAUGUGCCUUUGCCUAUAAGAAAUAAUUGGAAACCUAAGGACACGAGUGCUUCAUGUUUCACAUAGUCAUGCUUAAUGUGCUUAUCUUGAACAUUUAAUAUCAUGGACUCAACAGAGCAUGCAUGCAUACAGGCAUAAGAGACGCUCGACAGACAAUGUUUCAAACACCUUCCGAACAAUAUUCCAUUGGCUUUUGUUAUUCACAAUCUUUUCACGUUUGCAUCGAUCUGAACACUUCCAAGAUGUGCGAAUCAACAUAGCAGAAGGCAGUGAGGGACAACCCUAAGUCCUUACUUACCCCAACUCCUGCCGCUCGACUCAUAGUUCCAA